AUUAAAAAUACGCAACGGAUCUGGGUGUGAGCCAAUGGAUGAGGAGAGAUUUUAUCAGUGGGCGUGGUUGCAAAAGCCAACGAGCCAAUGAGGAGGCCGUAACUGUGUGAGUGUGUGGAAAAGGCAAACGCGCCGGCCAAUCACGAGGCUCCCUGAAGGGCACCGUCUCCGCGUGAGCGCGAGCUGGCCGCGCGGGCAGGGAGAGGGGGGCACAAGCCGAAUGGUGGAGCUGAAGAUGGCGGAUGGCGACAGCGGGAGUGAGCGCGGAGGAAGCAGCGGCGGCGGCGGCUUCCAGCACCUCCAGCGGGACCAGGAGACGCAGGAGCUGGCGUCCAAGCGCCUGGACAUCCAGAACAAGCGCUUCUACCUGGACGUGAAGCAGAACAGCAAAGGCCGGUUCAUCAAGAUCGCCGAGGUCGGGGCCGGGGGCUCCAAAAGUCGCUUGACCCUCUCGCUGUCCGUGGCGGCGGAGUUCCGGGACUACCUCGGGGAUUUUAUCGAGCACUACGCCCAGUUGGGGCCUAGCAGCCCGGAGCAGAUCGCCCAGGCCACCGCGGGGGAGGACGGCGGGCCGCGGCGGGCUCUGAAGAGCGAGUUUCUGGUCCGGGAGAACCGCAAGUACUACCUGGACUUGAAGGAGAACCAGCGGGGGAGGUUCCUGCGGAUCCGGCAGACGGCCAACCGCGGGCCGGGCUUCGGGGUCGGCGGCCCGAUGGGCGGCAUGCUGUCCGGCCAGACCAUCGCGCUGCCGGCGCAGGGCUUGAUAGAGUUCAGAGACGCCCUGGCGAAGCUCAUAGACGACUACGGGGGGGACGACGACGAGCUGACGGGGGGCUCCGGCGCGGGCGGCCCCGCGGAGCUGCCGGAGGGCACCUCCAUCACCGUGGACUCCAAGCGCUUCUUCUUCGACGUGGGCUCCAACAAAUACGGCGUGUUCCUGCGGGUGAGCGAGGUGAAGCCCAGCUACCGGAACUCCAUCACCAUCCCCUUCAAAGCCUGGAGCAAGUUCGGGGGCGCCUUCUGCAGGUACGCCGAGGAGAUGAAGGAGAUCCAGGAGCGCCAGCGGGACAAGAUGUACGAGCGGAGGGACGAGUCCGAGGGCGACGACCCGGACGACGACUGAGGCGCGCGGCGGCCGGGCGCGUGCCGCUCCAGCAGAAGUGACAGAAACCGUGCAUGACGAUUCGUGCUGUAAUAGCCUUCUACAGUAUUGUGGCGUAAACAGUAAGUGUGCAGGGAAUUAUCGGUGUUUUAGGGUUGGAGUGGUUGUGUGAAUCCCUGGAAGUGAAACGUGUUACCAUGACGUGUGUCAAAAAAAGAGUCAUGAUUUAUUUUUUUCAAGAAAAAAAAGAGUUUUCAGAGAGUUUUCGGGGUUCCGGGUCACUUUGAGCAUCCAUCCUGCUCCAGGUAGUUUUUGGGAGGAACGCUGCCCCCUAGUGGACGCUGGGAUCAGCGGCCCUGAGCUGUCAGUGCAGCAUCUGCAGGCCAUUAAUCAGAAAAGAUUACCCCAAAUGUCUGAGGAUUAUCUGUAAGCCCAAACAGGAAGACCUGAUCCAGUAGAGGGGAUUCUGGCCGGUUUCUGGAGGAUCCGGCAUCGCCGCUGCUGCUGCUGUGGGGGAGCAGAACCCCCCUGUCCAAGAGGACAGCAUAUACGGGACUAAAACAACUCCAAGGGUCCAAACGGCGGCCGGAGAACGCCGCCUCCGGAGUUUCAGAACCGGACAAACAGACUCUCAGAUCUGGGACAGAAACCCAUUUGUGGAUUUUUUUUUUUUUUUUUUCAAAAGAGAACUAUACUAAAACAAAGUUCUAAUUAUUAAAAAAAGAUAUUAUCAGACCAGCAAAAGAUAUUUUCAAAUACUUAUAAAUUGUUAUUGUCUAAAGAAGAUCUACGACUGCAAAUAAAAAAAAGUUACUUUCUUAAAGGAUA